AUGAUGAAGCAAGUCCUGCAAGCCCCGCCACCUUCGGCUUUGAAAGCAACCUCAAGUCAGGAUGUACGCAACAAAUUCUUUAACAUGAUCGGGAUUGAGGCAAAGCUUCCCCCCAAGUCCGCACUCACCUCGAACUCGAACUAUUCUGAACGGUCCGGAAGCAUGCCGCCCAGUUGUAGCAUAUCAAACGUGAUCGACAAGGAUUGGGUGCAUCCUCGUUCCCAAAAAGUCGCUCUAUUACAGGAAUCUUUGAAAUAUGACAGAGUAGCAGAUGAUCUUUAUUCACUUAAAAGAAGGAAAACGGGUGCACCAAACGAGUCACCUUCGCGGUCUAAUAAGAAGCGCCUGGAUUUCAACGAGACCGUCGAGGUUGUCCCUAUUCCGAUGCGUAACGAGUAUAGCAAUCGCGUACGAUCACGAUUAUGGAGCAAUGCUGUAGAGAUUCACGAAAACGCUGCUCGAAACUCGAUAGAAUUUGCAGCUGAAGGGUAUGUCGACAUCAUGGGAUCUGUCAAAAAUCCGUCUUACAAAGAGAAUAUGCUUUCCUAA